AUGAAGUUAUUUAGAAAAGAAAAGAUUGUGAUUGAUCAACAUAGUUAUGAAUAUUUGAUUUGUGUAAAAAAGAUACCAAUUAUUAAUUUAUAAAUUAUUACUAUUUUACCUAAUAUAAGCUUGAUUACUAAAAAAAAUAACUCAUAAAAAUUUUGUCACCCCUAAAUUAUAUUAAUUAGUUGUCAAUUAAUUUAUAAAUUAAAGAAAAUUGAAUUAGUAAGGAAAGUAAAGCUAAGUUAUAUUAUAAAAUUGCAAGCAAUAAAAUUCUAUUCUUAAAUUUAAGAUUAAAAAUAAUUUUUAGUCACCAGCAACUACUGA